UAUACACUAGAAAAUUUGAGACUGAUUGGAGGAAGUGGGCCUGGAGAGGGCAGAGUGGAGAUCUAUUACAGAGGCACCUGGGGAACUGUUUGUGACGAUAAUUGGGAUAAAAAUGAUGCUCGAGCCGUCUGUCGUCAACUUGGGUAUUCGUCUGUUGUCAGUGCUCCACGCAGUGCACGGUUUGGUCAAGGAAGUGGAAAGAUUUGGCUGGACGAUGUUCAGUGUCAAGGAAAUGAAAGUUCCAUUGUGAAUUGUCGACACAGUCCAUGGGGUGUGCAUAACUGUGGACACCAUGAGGAUGCAUCAGUGAUCUGUUCAAGUAAGCGUAUUAAUAAAUAGAUUGUAAUUUAUUAUUAUUAUAGCUUUUAUUAGAGUUGAGCCGAAUGUCAAUUACCAAUGGACCCUCUCGGGACACGUCCGUAUUCAAGGGAAAAUUCAUUGGAGUCCCAGAAAAAAUGUUCACAUACAUAACCUUUUUAUUUGAAGGGAUGUCUCUAUUAAGGGAAAGGAACACUUUUUCAGGGUCCCGAAACCCGGCUUUGACCUCCAUUCAAGCGACAUUUUAAUCAGCACCAAAAAGCUGACUAGCGGCAAAAUUCGUUGAUAAGUUUGAGUGUUCACUAGUCACAAUGGCGACAGCUUUCAAAACGGUGUAUUACACUUGUGGGACUUCAACACACCACAUCACAGAAAAAAGUUAAUCAGGAUUUUUUUUGUACAUUAUCUAGAUGCUUGAAAUAAUGACUGCAACAGAUUCCGAGGCAGAAUAAAAAAUGCAGAUUUAUUUGUUGGUUAAUUAUUAACAUUCACAUCCCAACCUCCUUUCAGGGCUGACACCUAUGUUCGAGCUAAACUUGCCUUGGACCCGAGAAUUUCCCGAUAUUUUGGGUGUGAAGCUGUUGUAAUAUGUAGUUUUUUGAUUCUAUUUAUUAUUAGAAAUAAUAAAGUUACUGACUAUAUAAUUUUAGACCCAUUGGAAUGGUUUACAUUGUGCAAAGUAGGAUCUAUUACUUGACAGGCGUCUCAUGAGUGUGACUAUUUGAAACUAUUCCACAGAUAGUUUUUUUCUACUCUUAUUAGCUUGCAGUUCAUAGUAUUUCCAUUAAAAUUUCAUCUACGCAGCUAUUUGCACAAACCACUAGUCACAAAUCGCUUAAUUAACUACUAAAUGAUGUAUCACAGCAUGAUUGGUGUAAUAUAUAAGGGACUUUCGAAUCAUCCGCGCACUCUAACCUUUGAUUCGCCACUGUUGCUCAAACUUAAAGAAACAGUGUCCCGAAUGUGCGCGCGCGCGAGCGUCAUCUGUUUUUUUCUUCAAAAGACAAUAGAACUGUCAUAUUGACUCGACAAGAUUCCUUUCCGGACCGCAUCGCCGACGGUGAUUUGUUGUUUACAUUCUCAAGUAAUGUUUUAAACUUUCGAAGAAAUCUUUCGUCUUAUUGAAAAUUUGGCUCGCGGUACGAAGACUCAUCGCCUCAUGAUUUCAUGGCGCUAAGUUUUGUAAACUUGUAGCGCCUCUUUGUUUGAUUUUGUCGGCCUUUGGGAGGUUCAUUUAAAAGUUUACUAACGCGUCGUUACAAGACAUAAUUGCACAAGAUCUCCUUAGCCACAUUAAUGUCUCAAUGGUUUCUUUCUUACAGUCCUUAUUGUUGUUAAUGAUAUAUGAAAUAAAUCACAUAUAAACUGCGGAAAUGAAAUGAAGAUGAAGAAAUGAUCGUCGCAGUAAACGCAAUUUAUGCAAUAGCGUAAAGAAGCCUGAAAAAAAAAAAAAAUCAGGACUUCAACGGGGUUUGAACCCGUGACCUCGCGAUUACCGGUGCGAUGCUCUACCAACUGAGCUAUGAAGCCACUGACGUUGGGAGAAGGUCAAUUGUGGGUUCGUAUGUUCCCGUGAUAGAAUUGAGUGUUAAUGAUAUAUGAAAUUAAUCACAUAUGAACUGCGGAAAGGAAAUGAGAUGAAGAAAUGAUUGUCGCAGUUAACGCAAUUUAUGCCAUUGCAUAAAGAAGUCUUGAUCUAAAACGAUUUCUUAAAACAUAAGCAAGCGAAUAUUAACGUUAAAAGCCGACGUUUCGGUAUCAUCAUGACACCAAUAAAUAAUGCGAAGAUUUGAUCUCUAUAGUCUCUACAAAUUAGCAUACAAGUUCUUCAAGUGAAUACCUUUGCGCGAAUCGAGUCCGCCUGCACGUUUAGGGAUGGUUUGAGUUUUCUUAUAAAGAGCAUCUCCUUAAUUAGGCAAUCAAAUUUGUUAGAACCUUUAGUGAGCACGUGAAAUUGUUCUGAAAGAAAAAAUGGUACGUCCGAGUUAUGUUCGCUAAGAUCAUGUUUACAAAUUGGCGACGAUUUCUGUUUGUGUCCAUCAACGCGUUCGUGGAGGUGGCCGCGAGUAUAACCAACAUAUCCUGCAUCGCACAGGUUACAUUGAAAUUGAUAAACUAAACAUUGUUGGUUAACAAUGGCUCGCUUGACUUCUCGAAAUUUAAGGUCUUCGUUGAGUUUUCUGCUGAUGAACACGGGCUGAAUAGUGGUCUUGAUUUUUAAGCUGAGGUCUGUGAGACGUUUUUUCACUAUAUUAGCAGAGACCUGAUCUUUUAAAAAUGGUAUGACAACUCGGAUGGGGGCUGGAGUCUUGUCGGUUGAUGGAAUUUGCUGCUGGUCUGCUUCCUUGGAAUCCAUAGGAAUAGGUGCCUCGGGUACUUAAGCUUUAAGAAUACAGUCUCAAGCCGAUCGCAUUCUUGUGAGAAGUACGACCAGUCGGAAGAUAUGCGGUAAGUUCGAUCUAACAUGGUGGUAAUUAGACUGCGCUUGAACCGAUUUUCCACGUGGCUCUGGUAGUGGAGUAAAAGGCCCGUAUUAGUUGGUUUUACGUAGACCUUGGUCUUGUUUCUGGGAGCUAAGUUUAACUGUUGAACACCGAUGAAAGGAAGAGAGGCAUUCCGUUCAACCUCCAUAUAUAGUAAACUUUGCUGAUGGGUGGCAGUGGUUUAGGGUAUCAAAAAAAAUUUCGGCUGAUGCUAUAUCAGGCAUGAUGGUAAAUGUGUCAUCCACAUAUCGUCGAUAAUAGAAGGGCAAUUUGCCAUCUUGAUCGAGCUUAUCUUCAAUGGAGCACAUAAAGACAUUGGCGAGCAGAAGACCAAGAGGAGAUCCAAUUGCGACGCCAUCUGUUUGCUCAUAGAGAUUUCCAUUAAACUGAAAGAAUUGGUUCUUAGUGGCUGCGUGGAGUAGUUCAAUUAGCUGAUCUCUGGGUAGGUUCAGUUCAUGGGUCUUGUUAAACCAGUCAUCAGUGAAAGCUUUGUCAGUUAAGAUCUGGAUAGCUACAUCUAGUGGUACAUUGGUAAAUGAAGAGUUGACAUCAUAGGAUACUAGAAUAUCGCCUCUGUUGAUCUCUAGGCUUUGUACUUCGUUGACAAAUUCAAAGGUGUCUGUGACCGUGUACUGAUUGCAUAAGAGUGGUUUCAGUUUUUCAUCUAGCCACUUAGCCAACUCAUAGUUAUAAGUAUGCUUAGCGGAGAGAAUUGGGCGCAUAGCAAGUUGUUCCUUAUGCGUCUUCGGUAGGCCAUAUAGGUGUGCAAGUCUACAACAUUUAGGAGGGAAAAGAAGCCUGAAAAAAUUUCACGACUUCAACGAGGUUUGAACCCGUGACCUCGCGAUUACCGGUGCAAUGCUCUACCAACUGAGCUAUGAAGCCACCGACGUUGGGAGCAGGUCAAUUGCGGGUUCAUAUGUUCCCGUGAAAGAAAUGAGUGCUAAUGAUAUAUGAAAUAAAUCAUAUGUGAACUGCGGAAAUGAAAUGAAGAUGAAGAAGUGAUCGUCGCAGUGAACGCAAUUUCUGCAAUUGCGUAAAGAAGUCUGAAAAAAAUUCAGGACUUCAACGGGGUUUAAGCCCGUGACCUCGCGAUUACCGGUGCGAUGCUCUACCAACUGAGCUAUGAAGCCACUGACGUUGGAAGCAGGUCAAUUGUGGGUUCAUAUGUUCCCGUGCGACGAUCAUUUCUUCAUCUUCAUUUCAAUUCUGCAGUUCAAAUAUGAUUUAUUUCAUAUAUCAUUAACACUCAUUUCUUUCACGGGACAUAUGAACCCACAACUGAUCUGCUCCCAACGUCAGUGGCUUCAUAGCUCAGUUGGUAGAGCAUCGCACCGGUAAUCGCAAGGUCACGGGUUCAAACUCCGCUGAAGUCCUGAAUUUUUUUUCAGGCUUCUUUACGCAAUUGCAUAAAUUGCGUUCACUGCGACGAUCAUUUCUCCAUCUUCAGUCUUUAUUAUUGCUGUUUCAUUUCUGCGUAUUCCUUUCACAAUUAUUUGAGCUUGUAUGGAAGCUAGCAGAAGAAAUAAGCCGUCAAUCGGCAUCAAAGCACUUUUCUUGUUUUGGUCCUCUGGCGAACGGCAAUAAAAGUAACGCCAAAAAAUCCCGAUUUCCCCAAAUCGAAAUUUAACGGGAACAAUGUAUCAUUGAUCUGUAAUCCUGAGAAGUUUAAGUGUAGCAUUGAACUCAACCAAGCGCGACGCAAACGGAUUUUUCAAGGUUCUCUUACUGUCCUCGCAUCUUUUGAUUUUGUGACAUCCUGUCCAAAAAUCAAAGUUUCGUGUAUGCGCAGUAACGUUAUACUGUGCCUUUAAUUCACCGUUGUCAAGAGAGAAUUCAACAGCCCCCAUUGCAAAUAUUCUGCUUUUUUUGUAUUGAGGGCUUGAUUUCUGGACUUGUUUAAAAUGUGAGAACGCCUUAGGAAUAAGACUUCCGUUUAAUUACAACCACUAAAAAUAAAUUUUAUGAAAUUUACAUAUCCAUGCCAACACCUUAAAUGAAGUUUUGCGGGAAAAUUCAAGUUAAGUUCUGUUCCUCAAUAAUAAAUAUGGUCAUCGAAGAGGGAGCUGAAAGAUGAUGGUGUUAUACCGGUAUCUUGGUGGUUGCUCUUUUAAAAUGAUAAUCCCUAGCCUAGUUCUUUUACAUUUCGCAGUAUUCCCCUAUUUCUUUGCACACUUCAGUCGAAUAGCUUCCCAGACGUUCUGGGCAGAUUACAAAAAAAGUCGAAGUUUUCCAUUUUGAAAUAUUCUGUGUGCAUGACAGGAUAACAGAUAGGGGAAUAGAGUUGUUUCUUUGUUUUUCAAAACCAAAAUAAGAAUUUACCUCUAACUUAUACAAUAGCAACUUUGAGACUGACUGGAGGAAGUGGGCCUGGAGAGGGCAGAGUGGAGAUCUAUUACAGCGGUAGCUGGGGAACUGUUUGUGACGAUAAUUGGGAUAAAAAUGAUGCUCGAGUUGUCUGUCGUCAACUUGGAUAUUUGUUUGCUGUCAGUGCUCCACACAGUGCACGGUUUGGUCAAGGAAGUGGAAAGAUUUGGCUGGACGAUGUUCAGUGUCAGGGAAAUGAAGGUUCCAUUGUGAGUUGUCGACACAAUCCAUGGGGUGUGCAUAACUGUGGACACCAUGAGGAUGCAUCAGUGAUCUGUUCAAGUAAGCGUAAUAAUAAAUAGAUUGUAAUUUAUAAGUAUUAAUUAAUAGAUUUUAUUAGAGUUGAGGCUAAUGUCAAUUACAAUGGACCCUCUCGGGACUUAUCCUUAUUGAAGGGAAAAUUCAGUGGAGUCCCAGGAAAAUGUUCACAUACAUAACCUUUUUAUUUGUUACCUCUAUUGGAGGGACAUCUCUAUUCAGAGGAAAGGAACACUUUUUCUGGAUCCCGAAACCCGGCUUUAACCUCCAUUCAAGGGACACUUUAAUCAGCACCAAAAAGCUGACUAACGGCAAAAUUCGUUGAUAAGUUUAAGUAUUCACUAGUCACAAUGGCGACAGCUUUCAAAACAUGAACUAUCUCACUUGAAAACGACGUAUUACACUUGUGGGACUUCAACACACUACAUUACAGAAAUAAGUUAAUCAGGAUUUUUUUGUACAUUAUCUAGAUGCUUGAAAUAAUGACUGCAGCAGAUUCCGAGGCAGAAUAAAAAAUGCAGUUUUAUUUGUUGGUUAAUCAUUAACAAGCCCCAGCCCAACCUCCAUUCAGGGCGGACACCUCUGUUCAGGCUAAACUUGCCUUGGACCCGAGAAUUUCCCGAUAUUUUGGGUGGGCAAGCUUUUUUAAUACGUUGUUUGUAUGAUUCUGUUUACUAUUAGAAAUACUGAAAUUACUGACCAUAUAAUUGUAGACUCAUUGGAAUAGUUUACAUUGUGCAAAGAAGGAUCUAUUACUUGACAGGCGUCACAUGAGUGUGACUCUUUGAAACGGUUCUACAGAUAAUUUUUCCUACUCUUAUUAGCUCGCAGUUCAUAGUAUUGCCAUUAAAAAUUCGCCUAUGCAGCCAUUUGCACAAAACUCUGGACACACAUCGCUUAAUUAACUACUAAAUGAUAUAUCACAGCAUGAUUGGUGUAAUACAUAACGGGCUUUGUAAUCAUCCCCGUACUCUCACCUUUGAUUUGCCACUCUUGUUAAAACUUGAUUCAGCGUUGACAAGAGAGAAUUCAACAGACGCCUUAGGAAUAAGACUUCCGUUUAAUUACAACUGCUAAAAAUAAAUUUAGUGAAUUUCACAUACCCACGCCAGCACAUUAAGAUUCCCUCUCUGCUGGUCCCAUUAAACUCUCUUGGCCAGUAUGUCAAGGUGUUUUCACGGACGUUUUUAUUUUUAAAUCAAGUCUCGUGGGAAAAGUUAAGUUCUGUUCCUCAAUAAUAAAUUUGGUCAUCGAAGAGGGAGCUGAAAGAUGACGGCGUCAUUCCGGUCUGUUGGUGGUUGCUCUUUCAAAAUGAAAAUUCCUAGCCUUGUUCUGUUACAUUUCGCAGUAUUCCCCUAUUUCUUUGCACACUUCAGUCGAAUAGCAUCGCCGAAGUUCCCUGCAGAUUACACAAAAAGACAAAGUUUUCCAUUUUAAAAUAUUCUGUGUGCAUGUCAGGAUAACAGAUAAGGGAAUAGAGUUGUUUUUCAAAACCCAAAUAAGAAUUUACCUCUAACUUAUACACUAGCAACUUUGAGACUGAUUGGAGGAAAUUGGCCUGGAGAGGGCAGAGUGGAGAUCUAUUACAGCGGUAGCUGGGGAACUGUUUGUGACGAUAAUUGGGAUAAAAAUGAUGCUCGAGUUGUCUGUCGUCAACUCGGGUAUUCGUUUGCUGUCAGUGCUCCACACAGUGCACGGUUUGGUCAAGGAAGUGGAAAGAUUUGGCUGGACGAUGUUCAGUGUCAGGGAAAUGAAGGUUCCAUUGUGAGUUGUCGACACAAUCCAUGGGGUGUGCAUAACUGCUCCCAACGUCAGUGGCUUCAUAGCUCAGUUGGUAGAGCAUCGCACCGGUAAUCGCAAGGUCACGGGUUCAAACUCCGCUGAAGUCCUGAAUUUUUUUUCAGGCUUCUUUACGCAAUUGCAUAAAUUGCGUUCACUGCGACGAUCAUUUCUCCAUCUUCAGUCUUUAUUAUUGCUGUUUCAUUUCUGCGUAUUCCUUUCACAAUUAUUUGAGCUUGUAUGGAAGCUAGCAGAAGAAAUAAGCCGUCAAUCGGCAUCAAAGCACUUUUCUUGUUUUGGUCCUCUGGCGAACGGCAAUAAAAGUAACGCCAAAAAAUCCCGAUUUCCCCAAAUCGAAAUUUAACGGGAACAAUGUAUCAUUGAUCUGUAAUCCUGAGAAGUUUAAGUGUAGCAUUGAACUCAACCAAGCGCGACGCAAACGGAUUUUUCAAGGUUCUCUUACUGUCCUCGCAUCUUUUGAUUUUGUGAUAUCCUGUCCAAAAAUCAAAGUUUCGUGUAUGCGCAGUAACGUUAUACUGUGCCUUUAAUUCACCGUUGUCAAGAGAGAAUUCAACAGCCCCCAUUGCAAAUAUUCUGCUUUUUUUGUAUUGAGGGCUUGAUUUCUGGACUUGUUUAAAAUGUGAGAACGCCUUAGGAAUAAGACUUCCGUUUAAUUACAACCACUAAAAAUAAAUUUUAUGAAAUUUACAUAUCCAUGCCAACACCUUAAAUGAAGUUUUGCGGGAAAAUUCAAGUUAAGUUCUGUUCCUCAAUAAUAAAUAUGGUCAUCGAAGAGGGAGCUGAAAGAUGAUGGUGUUAUACCGGUAUCUUGGUGGUUGCUCUUUUAAAAUGAUAAUCCCUAGCCUAGUUCUUUUACAUUUCGCAGUAUUCCCCUAUUUCUUUGCACACUUCAGCCGAAUAGCAUCCCAGACGUUCUGGGCAGAUUACAAAAAAAGUCGAAGUUUUCCAUUUUGAAAUAUUCUGUGUGCAUGACAGGAUAACAGAUAGGGGAAUAGAGUUGUUUCUUUGUUUUUCAAAACCAAAAUAAGAAUUUACCUCUAACUUAUACAAUAGCAACUUUGAGACUGACUGGAGGAAGUGGGCCUGGAGAGGGCAGAGUGGAGAUCUAUUACAGCGGUAGCUGGGGAACUGUUUGUGACGAUAAUUGGGAUAAAAAUGAUGCUCGAGUUGUCUGUCGUCAACUUGGAUAUUUGUUUGCUGUCAGUGCUCCACACAGUGCACGGUUUGGUCAAGGAAGUGGAAAGAUUUGGCUGGACGAUGUUCAGUGUCAGGGAAAUGAAGGUUCCAUUGUGAGUUGUCGACACAAUCCAUGGGGUGUGCAUAACUGUGGACACCAUGAGGAUGCAUCAGUGAUCUGUUCAAGUAAGCGUAAUAAUAAAUAGAUUGUAAUUUAUAAGUAUUAAUUAAUAGAUUUUAUUAGAGUUGAGGCUAAUGUCAAUUACAAUGGACCCUCUCGGGACUUAUCCUUAUUGAAGGGAAAAUUCAGUGGAGUCCCAGGAAAAUGUUCACAUACAUAACCUUUUUAUUUGUUACCUCUAUUGGAGGGACAUCUCUAUUCAGAGGAAAGGAACACUUUUUCUGGAUCCCGAAACCCGGCUUUAACCUCCAUUCAAGGGACACUUUAAUCAGCACCAAAAAGCUGACUAACGGCAAAAUUCGUUGAUAAGUUUAAGUAUUCACUAGUCACAAUGGCGACAGCUUUCAAAACAUGAACUAUCUCACUUGAAAACGACGUAUUACACUUGUGGGACUUCAACACACUACAUUACAGAAAUAAGUUAAUCAGGAUUUUUUUGUACAUUAUCUAGAUGCUUGAAAUAAUGACUGCAGCAGAUUCCGAGGCAGAAUAAAAAAUGCAGUUUUAUUUGUUGGUUAAUCAUUAACAAGCCCCAGCCCAACCUCCAUUCAGGGCGGACACCUCUGUUCAGGCUAAACUUGCCUUGGACCCGAGAAUUUCCCGAUAUUUUGGGUGGGCAAGCUUUUUUAAUACGUUGUUUGUAUGAUUCUGUUUACUAUUAGAAAUACUGAAAUUACUGACCAUAUAAUUGUAGACUCAUUGGAAUAGUUUACAUUGUGCAAAGAAGGAUCUAUUACUUGACAGGCGUCACAUGAGUGUGACUCUUUGAAACGGUUCUACGGAUAAUUUUUCCUACUCUUAUUAGCUCGCAGUUCAUAGUAUUGCCAUUAAAAAUUCACCUAUGCAGCCAUUUGCACAAAACUCUGGACACACAUCGCUUAAUUAACUACUAAAUGAUAUAUCACAGCAUGAUUGGUGUAAUACAUAACGGGCUUUGUAAUCAUCCCCGUACUCUCACCUUUGAUUUGCCACUCUUGUUAAAACUUGAUUCAGCGUUGACAAGAGAGAAUUCAACAGACGCCUUAGGAAUAAGACUUCCGUUUAAUUACAACCGCUAAAAAUAAAUUUAGUGAAUUUCACAUACCCACGCCAGCACAUUAAGAUUCCCUCUCUGCUGGUCCCAUUAAACUCUCUUGGCCAGUAUGUCAAGGUGUUUUCACGGACGUUUUUAUUUUUAAAUCAAGUCUCGUGGGAAAAGUUAAGUUCUGUUCCUCAAUAAUAAAUUUGGUCAUCGAAGAGGGAGCUGAAAGAUUCAUUCCGGUCUGUUGGUGGUUGCUCUUUCAAAAUGAAAAUUCCUAGCCUUGUUCCGUUACAUUUCGCAGUAUUCCCCUAUUUCUUUGCACACUUCAGUCGAAUAGCAUCGCCGAAGUUCCCUGCAGAUUACACAAAAAGACAAAGUUUUCCAUUUUAAAAUAUUCUGUGUGCAUGUCAGGAUAACAGAUAAGGGAAUAGAGUUGUUUUUCAAAACCCAAAUAAGAAUUUACCUCUAACUUAUACACUAGCAACUUUGAGACUGAUUGGAGGAAAUUGGCCUGGAGAGGGCAGAGUGGAGAUCUAUUACAGCGGUAGCUGGGGAACUGUUUGUGACGAUAAUUGGGAUAAAAAUGAUGCUCGAGUUGUCUGUCGUCAACUCGGGUAUUCGUUUGCUGUCAGUGCUCCACACAGUGCACGGUUUGGUCAAGGAAGUGGAAAGAUUUGGCUGGACGAUGUUCAGUGUCAGGGAAAUGAAGGUUCCAUUGUGAGUUGUCGACACAAUCCAUGGGGUGUGCAUAACUGUGGACACCAUGAGGAUGCAUCAGUGAUCUGUUCAAGUAAGCGCGAUAAUAAAUAG